ACAAUUUCUCAUUUAGGUUUUAUGUUAUUAGCUUUAACUAUUAAUAGUGUUGAAUCUAUACAAUCAUUUAUUUUCUAUUUAAUUCAAUAUAGUUUAUCUAAUUUAAAUGCAUUUAUUUUAUUAGUUGCUAUAGGUUAUAGUUUAUAUGCCUAUAAUGAUAAAAAUAUUAAUCAUAAUUAUUUAAUUGAUAAAAAUAAUUCACCUAUACAACUUAUAAGUCAACUUAAAGGUUAUUUCCAUAUUAAUAGUUUUUUAGCUUUAAGUUUAACUAUUACUUUAUUCUCUUUUGCUGGUAUUCCACCUUUAAUGGGAUUUUUUGCUAAACAGAUGGUAUUUUCUGCAGCUUUACAAGAAGGAUUUAUAUUCUUAACUCUUAUUGGAGUUUUAACUAGUGUUAUAAGUGCUGUUUAUUACUUAUUUAUCGUAAAAACAAUGUUUUUUGAUGGACAUUCUUAUACUUAUUUUAGUAGUUUAAAAGAUUUAAGAAUACCUGCUCUUAUUUUACAAAAUAAUAAAGUAGUUAAUAAAAUUUAUUUUGAUUCUAAAUUUUCUUUAUCUAGUUCUUUAUCUAUAACUAUUUCUAUAUUAACUUUAAUUAUACUUUUAUUUAUGCUUAUGCCUAAUGAAUGA